GAAUAUGACAGAGGAAUCCAAGUCAAGAUGGGAAGGUGAAACCUCUGUUGAACUACAUGGAAUCACUGCAGAACAAGUGUGGCCUCUAUUAGAGGACUUCUGCAACAUACAUAAGUGGAUGCCAAUAGAAACUUGUUACCAAGUAGAGGGAGUUACAGGACAACCUGGCCUUAUCCGCUACUGCGCUACCACCACAAGAGACGAUGGGGAUCCAUUGAUCAAGUGGGCCAAAGAGAAGCUACUCAUGAUAGAUCCCAUCCAACACUGUUUGAUCUAUGAGGUUGUGGACAGCAACAUGGGAUUCAAGUCAUAUGUGGCAACACUCAAAUUAUUGCCUGUCACUAUCGUCAGUGGUGACAAACCUAAACCUACGAGUUGUAAGAUCCAAUGGUCUUUUGCUUGUGAUCCAGUAGAUGGGUGGACUUUUGAUGGCUUGUUCUCUUAUAUUCAGUUUGUUCUCCAGUUCAUGGCCAAGAAGAUGGAGCUAGCAUGUUCUCAUCAAGAUAAAUCUCUGUAAGUUAAUUUCAUAUGAAUCUCAAGUUAAAAUCAUGUGUGUUUUAUUUUGUGUGUUUUAAGAUGCGUCUG